AUGACUUCCCUUUUCUCCUGGCUGCGGCGGAUCUACUCGCUCGACACCCUUGACACUCGCUUUACCUCUACCGCCAUCAAUCCAGCCGACACGCGACCUGCUUCCGCGAAAGAUGCUCGCGCUCAUGCCACUGCCCAAAAUGCUCGCGCUCCGCUCUGGCGUACACCGGAAUUCUUUAUCUACUAUCUAUUCUUCAUUGUUCUCGUUCCUUUAAUGUUCAAAACUGUGGUUGAUGCCUCCAAGGAAAGUCACCCGAUUUACCCUACCUACUCAGAUCUCCUAUCGCCAGGAUGGAUCCCUGGCCGCUUAGUUGACAACUCCGAUGCACAAUACGCCAGCUUCCGCGACAACAUUCCCUACCUCGUGUUGCUUCUUAUUGCCCACCCAUUGGUCCGUCGAAUCUAUAGCUCGUGUGUGAGCCGCGCGAGUACUACAAUCAAACCCUCCAGCUCGUCCACAGUGGCUGCAGGAGAUGUCCAGCUCGAACAGCGGAUGCGCUUUGACUUCGUGUUUGGUCUUAUCUUUAUUACGGCCCUUCAUGGAGUUUCUGCGCUCAAGGUGCUCCUCAUUUUGCUCAUCAACUACCGCAUUAGCAAGCACCUUCCUCGGUCCUACAUUCCGGCUGUGACAUGGACGUUCAACAUCUGCAUCCUCUUCGCCAAUGAAUUAUGUGGAGGAUACCCGUUGGAGAAGGUCGUCAUGCUCUUGACUCCGGGAUCUAGCACGCCAGGAGACAAAGGGUCCUUGUUGGUCCAGUGGGCUCAGACCCUGGAUAACUUCGGAGGAAUCAUGCCUCGAUGGGAGGUCCUUUUCAAAGUCACUGUGUUGCGGCUGAUUAGUUUCAAUAUGGACUACUACUGGAGCGUGGAUUAUGUCUCAGCGAGCCCGAUUGAAGUAUGUUCUCCUGUGUCCAAUCCCGGACUGCCCAUCUCUCGAUUGGACGUAGUACUGACCGAUUUCCACAAGAAGAAACAACUUGAUCCCGCAGCUCUAUCUGACAGAGACCGUGUCAAAAUCCCCGCUGAACCGGCUGCCUUCAGUGGGCGCAACUAUAUUGCUUAUGUGCUUUACUCACCGUUGUAUCUGGCUGGUCCUAUCUUGACCUUCAAUGACUAUGUCUCCCAGCAACGAUACACACCUCUCUCACGGACACGAACACGCACCAUCCUCUACGGAAUUCGUUUUUUCUUCACCGUGAUGUGCAUGGAGCUGAUUCUUCAUUACAUAUACGCAGUGGCCAUUUCCAAGGCCUCGCCAGACUGGUCUCUCUUUACUCCAGGCCAACUCAGCAUGCUUGCUUUCUUCAACCUCCAUAUAAUCUGGCUGAAGCUACUCAUUCCAUGGCGAUUCUUCCGCCUCUGGGCUCUUAUUGAUGGGAUUGAUCCUCCAGAGAACAUGGUUCGCUGCAUGUCAAACAACUACUCUGCCUUCGCCUUCUGGCGUGGCUGGCACCGUUCUUACAACCGCUGGAUUGUGCGGUAUAUCUACAUCCCAUUGGGCGGAGGCGGUAGUGGCCGUGGCCCGGCUGGUGCAAAGCAGACAUCCACACAAUCUGGCAUCUGGUCCAAGUUCUUGCAAAUUCGCAACUUUUUGAUGGUCUUUACAUUCGUGGCCUUGUGGCACGACAUUAACCUCCGUCUCCUGAUGUGGGGCUGGCUUAUCACGCUCUUCGUUCUCCCUGAAGUCCUGGGUGGUAUGCUUUUCCCUGCUCGGCGUUGGCGCUCGCAUCCCACCGCGUACCGGUGGCUUACUGGCAUUGGGUCUGUGGGCAACGUCCUCAUGAUGAUGAUUGCAAACCUCGUUGGCUUUGCGCUCGGCCUGGACGGGCUGAAGGACUUACUGGCUAGUCUAACAGGGUCAUAUUCCGGCGUGGCAUACAUGAUUUCCUGCUGCGCGGUCUUAUUCGUCGGAAUUCAGGUCAUGUUUGAGAUUCGCGAAGAUGAACUGCGAAUGGGCAUCAACCUGAAGUGUUGA